AUGGUCUCCGAAUCUGCACCGGUGCUGCCCCCGGCGGUCGACAAUGCUGCGCCCGCAGAUACCCCCAAGCACGACGCUGCCAACGGUAACUCCGGUGUCGAAGAGCCUCCCUCCAAAAAGGCCCGGCUGGACGACAAAGAGGUGAAGGAGGAUACUCGCAGUCUGCGCGACCGAGGCAUUGCGCCUAUCAAAAAAGAGUACCUAAUUCACUCGACACCCAAACCUCAACCAGCCGAAGAUGCCCCCGCCGACGAUGCAGCAGAAGCUGCGUCGCAUGCAGACCGCGAGGAUGGGAAGAAGGGAAAGAAAAAGAACAAACAAAAGGGCCAGAACACGAACCGGAGUUUCGGCAGGUCCGAGGACGCAAAGGGACUUUGUGCUUCGAGGACAUUCGCACCCGAAUUCUCGCCAGGUGAAUGCAGAUUUGGUGAUACCUGCCGACUCGAACAUGACCUGCGCACAUACUUGAAAGAACACAAGCGGGAGGACCUCACGACGUUCGAUGGCCUCUGUCCGGUCUGGGAUGCACUGGGGAAAUGCUACUCCGGCUGGAAAUGCCGCAUGGUUGGAUCACACUCGAAAGAGAGAGAUACUGCGGAUGGUCGGAAGGAAUUGGUUCUGGUGGAGGAUGAAGCGCGCAAGCAAAAGGCAGUUCCACGCGUGCCAUAUGCGACGGCCGAUGGGCUGGUGAAUAUCGUUUCGUACGAUGAUAAGCUUGCGCUGGCAAGAAAGAGGGAGAAGACACCUCGUGCUGAUGCCUACAACAAUUUUCUCAACGAGACGAGUCGCGAGCUGGAGAAACAGCUUCAUAGCCGACCCCAGGCUGAGGAAGGGACUGAAAAAGUUGAAGCAAAGGAAGAAAUGGAGGAGCUUCGGGCUCAGUAUACCGAACCGCCUUUUUUACCUUCAGAGAAGAGACGUAUCUACUUUGGCCCGGAGACUCCUGCUCUGGCACCUUUGACUACGCAGGGCAAUAUGCCCUUCAGGCGGCUGUGCGGGGAUCUAGGAGCGCAAUUCACUUACUCGGAGAUGGCGAUGAGCAUGCCGUUGAUCCAAGGCUCAAAGUCAGAAUGGACUCUGCUCAAGGCGCACGAGUCAGAAAUGCUUCCUCCGUCUAUCACUCCCGGCGACAACAUCGUCCAGGACUACGACAACUCCAAAGACUGCAAAUUUGGUGCGCAGAUUACCGCUAAUAAGCCUUGGCAGGCCCUCAAGGCCACGGAGGUGCUGUCCAAGUUCACUCCUCAUCUGCGUGUCAUUGAUUUGAAUUGUGGCUGCCCUAUCGAGCUUGUUUUCCGCGACGGAGCAGGAUCCGCUCUUCUAGACCAUCACUCGAAGUUGGAGAAGAUCAUUCGCGGUAUGAACACCGUGUCGCAGGAGAUUCCAAUCACUGUCAAGAUCCGGAUGGGAACCAAAGACAACGCUCCUACUGCACAGAAACUUGUCGAGCGUCUUGUUCUGGGAGGCUACGAGUCAAGUGUCCUGAAUCUUGGGCCUCCCGGGGCUGCAGCUAUUACUCUACAUGGACGCAGCAGACAGCAGCGGUACACAAGACGGGCAGACUGGGGAUACAUCGCGGAAUGUGCCGCGCUCAUCAAGCGUCUGGGCGAAAAGAAGGACAUUGUCACCGACACGAUCCGCGAGCCAGACGCGCGCCACCAGCCCAAUGGAGGAAAGACAUACUUCCUCGGCAAUGGUGACUGCUACUCCCACGUGGACUAUGAUAACCAUGUCAACAAUGCCGGCGUGGACACGGUAAUGGUAGCCCGGGGUGCACUGAUCAAACCGUGGAUCUUCGAGGAGAUCCAGACAGGUCAGUAUCUGGAUAAAUCCGCCUCUGAGCGCUUGGGCUUCAUCGAGAAAUUCGCCAAGUACGGUCUGGAAGCGUGGGGAUCCGAUGAGCAUGGCGUGGGCACGACCCGACGCUUCCUGCUGGAGUGGCUCAGCUUUGCCUAUCGCUACACCCCCAUCGGUCUACUCGAGUAUCUUCCUCCGCAGAUCAACGACCGACCCCCGGCUUUCAAGGGGCGGAAUGAGCUGGAGACGCUCAUGGCCAGUGGAAACUACAAGGACUGGAUUAAGAUCACGGAGAUGUUCCUGGGCCCUGCUCACAAGGACUUCAAGUUUGAGCCCAAACACAAGUCGAAUUCGUAUGAGGCAGAGGGUUAA